AUGUCUUUGGAAAAGUUUAUCCGUCUUUCGGACAUGUUGGUCGAAUUUGAGGCCAAUUUAAAUGAUAAACAGAACCCAUUGUCAUCGAGUUUUGUUAUAGAAACUCACAAGGAAGAGGUAAGGGAUAUAUGGGAUCGACUUAAGCCUGCCUACGAGCAGUGUCUUUCCGACAUCGAGCAGGAAUCGCCAGAUGAGGAGGAUAAUAAGGGAGAUGAUGAAAGGGCUUCGGUACUAGAGACUGUGAAGUCCAAGUUCAAGAGCGCGUUUGCUACUUAUUGCCGAUGCGUGGAGCAGUUAGGGGAAAUGCUGCAAAAGUUGCCUGUGCCAACGGCUCCAUCCGUUCCGAGCCAGCCUCAGGGCUUUAAGCUGCCACCCUGUGAAAUCCCGGUUUUCAGUGGGGACUACCGCUCCUGGCCCACAUUUCGGGAUAUGUUUACAGCGGUGUGCAUAGAAAAUCCUCGACUUAGUUCCGUUGAAAAAUUGUUCCAUUUGAACCAAAGGACUAAGGGUGAACCGAAUGACAUUGUUGGGAAAGUUCCAUUGACCAACGAAAACUUCAUUGUGGCAUGGAAGAGCCUUUGUUCACGUUACGAGAACAAGAGGGUCUUAGUGAAUAAUCAAUUGAAGUCUUUGUUCGCCAUUGCCUCCACUCAAUCCGAAUCAGCUCAGUCACUUAAGACACUCCAGAGGGAUAUAAAUGCAUGCAUUUCCAUGCUUAAACUUUACGGAAUUGACGUCGAAAGUUGGGACCCAAUUUUUAUAUUCAUUUGCUCUAGUCGUCUGCCUGAUACCACAUUGACUCUAUGGGAGCAGACACUAGACGACAAGACGGUCAUUCCAAAAUGGUGUUCACUAGAUGCUUUCCUAACGAACCGUCACAGAACCUUAGAAUCCGUCUCCGAGAUGCGCAGGACGGACCCUGCGCCCGAUUCUUCUGCCGAGAAGACAAACCCCAGAUCUGUGAAUAAAGGUCUUAAAGCAUUUCAAACUAGGGUGACAGAUUCCAAGUGUCGACUAUGCCCUACAGAGGUCCAUGUGAUCCGCAAAUGUCCCAAGUUUUUGACCAUGACCCCGCAACAGAGAUUGACGGAGAUCAAGAGAUUCGACUUAUGCCUUAACUGUUUUUCGAAGGUGCAUAGUGUGAGAAAUUGUACCAGCAAGUUCUCUUGUUUCCAAUGUUCCAAACGACAUAAUACCCUACUCCAUCGGGAACAGGUUCCCCAGAGCCAACCCAGCCCAAAUUCCAAUUCUUCCAUAAGCUGUACGCCCUCGCCCUCGCAUUCUAACCCCUCCUCUAUUGCCAUACAGUCCACUAGUUCAGAGGGUGAAAUAGUACAGUCUUGUUUUGCUGCCCAGUCCAAGGGAGUUUUAUUAGGCACUGCUUUGGUGAAAAUACGCCACAAUGGGUUAGCAUAUCUGGCUAGAGCGUUGGUGGAUUCUGGUUCGGAGGGAACAUUUAUCUCCGAAAAACUGUUUAACACGCUUAGGCUUCCAUUUAAGCGGACUGCUGCCUGUAUUUAUGGUUUGAAUAAUUCUACUUCGGCUUCCGUCCAGAAGGAAUGCUCCUUCCUCCUAGCUUCGCAUAGUGAUGAUGAUUUCGAAGUUUCGGUUAGUGCCCUUGUAGUUCCACAUCUCUCUGGAAGCCUUCCAUCAAGAACCAUUGGUAUGAACUUGCUUGCCGACAUUCCAAGUAUUCCGUUGGCCGAUCCCCGGUUUUAUGAGAAAGCGACGAUUGAUCUUUUGAUAGGAGCGGAUUUGCUUCCUAUGAUUAUGCGAUCGGGUAUUAAGAGAGAAAUCUGUGGAUCACUACUGGCACAGGAAACUGUUUUCGGUUGGAUCCUUACAGGUCCUAUUCCAUGUGAGAGGAAUACUUCAUGUUCCAGGGUUGUAUCCUAUUUCUGUGAGUUAUCCCUCGAUGCUGCUAUUUCUCGUUUCUGGGAGGUGGAAGACCUUCCCAGGAAGACGUUCCUUUCCGCGUCUGAUAGGUUUUGUGAGGAACUAUAUUCCGCCACCACCACAAGGGAUAAGAAUGGCAGAUAUAUUGUAUCCCUCCCGUUCAAGGAGGAUUUUCUGGCGGGUAGUGAUAUCGGCCAUUCCAGAAAUGCAGCUUUGGUACAGUUCUUUCGAAAUGAGGCACGUCUUCUUCGAACGCCGCAGUUCAAGGACGAAUAUGACAAGGUACUUACGGAGUACGAAUCCUUAGGUCAUAUGACGAAAGUGUCCGAUCCGAUAAGUCCCGGUCUUUCAUCACAUUACUACCUUCCACACCAUGCGGUGGUGAAACCGGACAGCACGACCACGAAGGUGCGGGUUGUUUUUAAUGCUUCCUCUCGCGCUUCCAACGUGAAGAGUCUCAACGACGUUUUACAUACCGGUCCUGUGCUGCAACAGGAUCUUGUAGUACUUAUUUUGAACUGGAGAUUGUUUCGUUACGUAUUCAAUGGGGACAUUACCAAGAUGUACCGACAAAUCUUGGUGAAUCCUGAACAUAGGGCAUUUCAGCGCAUUAUCUUUCGACAGGAUCCAAACGGAAAAGUUCAAGACUACGAACUAAGUACGGUUACUUUUGGAGUAAAUUGUGCUCCUUUCCUGGCCAUUCGGACCCUCCUGCAAUUGGCCGAUGAUGUUCGGGGGACGUAUCCGCUGGCUUACGAGAUUCUUCGGAACUCAAUGUAUGUGGAUGACGCCUUGGUGGGCGCACAUUCUAUACCAGCUGCAAUUGAUGCUAGGGGGCAGUUAAUUCAGGCACUGGGUUCCGCCGGUUUUGCGAUGCGAAAAUGGACAUCGAAUUCCAAAGAGAUUCUCUCUGGCGUUCCAACGGAACAGUUGCUUUUCGAGGAUUUUUUAGAAUUUGAUGACCGAAGUACGGCCAAAACCUUGGGCAUUCGUUGGAAUGCAUCGUCCGACUCGUUUUUCUUUACUGCGCUUCCAUUUCCUGGACACUGUUCAUAUACGAAGAGGGAGGUUUUAUCCCAAAUAUCUAGGCUUUUUGACCCUGCUGGUUGGCUUGCUCCAUGUAUAGUUAUCGCCAAAUUGAUUAUGCAAACAAUUUGGGUAGAAGGUACAAAAUGGGAUGAGGAGAUUUCGGUACAGUCGUUAUCCAGCUGGAAAUCAUUCCAGUCUUUCUAUCCAUCUAUUAAUUCAAUUGCUGUACCAAGGUGGUUCAAUUAUACGACAGACUGCGAGGUCCAGUUCCACGGUUUCAGCGAUGCAUCUGAGAAAGCAUACGCGGCCGCCCUUUACAUUCGUGUUAAAAGGAAACAGUCUACUUUCGUUCAUUUGGUCUCGUGCAAGACAAAGGUUGCGCCACUUAAGACCCUUUCAAUCCCUCGGCUGGAACUUUGUGGUGCUACAUUACUGGCCGAGAUGAUAGACCAUCUGAUACCGCAGUUACGUGUGCAGAAGUUCUCAAUAUUCUGUUGGACAGAUUCAACCAUUGUCUUAUCAUGGUUGGCCAAGCCCCCUUGUUUCUGGUCCACUUUCGUCGCGAACAGAGUAUCCAAGAUUACCCAAGUCAUAAGUCCACCUAAUUGGCGCCACGUCAGAUCGGAGCAGAACCCAGCUGAUCUCGCCAGUCGUGGGGCUUACCCACAAGAUCUCUCGGGAAAUGACUUGUGGUGGCAUGGUCCUAAUUGGUUGGGCGAUUCUGAGGAGAAUUGGCCGAGACUUGAAGACAUCCAGCCAGAUUCAAUCGAAAUUGAGAGAAAAAGUAUUAAAGUUCAUUUCUCCUAUUUUAGCAAUUACGAGGACAUUCUCGAGAGAUUUUCAUCCCUCCCCAGGGCAAUACGUGUAAUUGCCUAUGUUUUUAGAUUUUUCUAUAGCACGCAUCCCAAAUUUAGAAACGCUUACAGAAGGGAGUCUCAUAAUGUGACCACUACAGAGGUCGUGAUGAUUCAAGACCGCCUCAUAUCCAUCACCCAGAAGGCGCACUUUCCGAACGAAUAUCUAGCUCUCUCGGCGAGAAAAACAAUUGCCUCUGCUAGUUCCAUACUGAGUUUAAAUCCGUUUCUUGAUGCCGAUGGUAUCAUGAGGAUUUGUGGUAGGCUAACCUCAGCCCCUGGGUUAUCCUACAAUGAGAAACAUCCUAUUAUCCUGCCUUAUAACUGCCAACUUUCGCGUCUAUUGGUACAAUUUAUCCACUCGAUUUCUGUUCAUGGUGGUAAUCAACUGGUACUGCGGUUGAUUCGGACACAAUUCUGGAUCAUAAAGGUCAAGAAUUUGAUAAAGACAACUUUGAACAGAUGUAAACCUUGUGUUUUGUACAAGCACAAGUGCCAACAGCAAAUAAUGUCCGCUUUACCUCCUGAAAGGGUGGACAUUUCUCGGCCCUUCACCCACACCGGGUUGGAUUUCGCAGGACCAUUUGAAAUAAAGAGCUAUUCCGGUCGAUUCUGCCGCAUAUCGAAGGGGUAUGCGUGUAUAUUUAUUUGUUUUGCCACAAAGGCAAUACAUUUGGAGGCGACAUCCGACCUCUCCACAAACACGUUUCUGGCUGCAUUCAGCAGAUUUGUCUCGCGCCGAGGAUGUCCACUUCACCUUCAUUCCGAUAAUGGCACCAACUUUGUGGGUGCAUCGAAGGUCCUUGCUAAGAAUUUCUUGCAGAGUUCCAAACAAUCUAUAGAGUCCAACUAUGCGCACCAAAAGAUAGAGUGGCACUUUAUUCCACCUGGAGCCCCACACAUGGGUGGGCUCUGGGAAGCGGGAGUAAAGAGCUUCAAAACUCAUUUUCGGAAGGUAGCAGCUAACUUUAAACACACGUUUGAAGAAUUUCAGACAUUGCUCUCAAAGAUAGAGGCUUGUUUGAACUCCCGUCCACUAUGUUCGAUUUCACAAGAGUCGUCGGACUUUUCUGCUCUAACUCCAGGGCAUUUCUUAAUUGGUGCUCCGAUUUUGACACCACUAGAUCCGAAGAUUUCCGAAGCUCCAAUUUCCCUCGUCAAUCGAUGGCAACGAUUGAAGGCAAUACACCAACAUUUCUGCAUCCGUUGGAAAGGGGAAUACCUAAAGGAAUUGCACAAGCGUCAUAAAUGGAAAAGACCAACCGAAAACUUGGCAGAGAAUAUGUUGGUUGUGGUCAAGGAUGAGAACUUACCUCCCAAUUGCUGGCGUCUAGGUAGAAUCUCAAAGGUACAUCCAGGAUCUGAUGGUCGAGUUCGUAUUGUGGAUAUCACGACUGAAAAGGGUAUCAUAGCACGGCCAAUUACGAAAGUGGUUGUAUUACCGUUCGAUUCCACCUCCUAA